AUGGGUUCUAGACUAAGAGAAAAUGUCAAACAACUUUUUGAAUGUUUCUGUGAAGUAGCUGCGCCAAUAAGGGAGAAGCCAGCUUGGAUUCUUCAAAAAUAUCCCAAUUCUUUUUCAGAUGAAGAAAUACUGAAAUCUGUUCCUAAAUUUGCAUAUCCUUGUGAAUUUGAGAAUUUAUUGGUACAACAUUUUUCAUUUGUGCUCACUAGCAUAGAUUCAAAAUGGACUUUUGGAUUCUGCCGUCAUGAUCCCAAAACAGAAACAGCUUUAGUAGUCUUAAGCGCCCUUCCAUGGCAUGAAACAUUUUACAAACUUUUGAAUCACAUUGCAUCCUUAACUAGCAAUGCUAGUGGAGAGGAUCCCUGGAAGUUUCUUGAGAUUAUAUAUACUUGUGGAGUUCCAGUACCUGGAAACUCCAUAUCUAUCCCAUUACCAAAUUCUUCAACGAAUUUUAUUUGUCAGAGUCCAAAACAGUUUCAACUGCCUAGUAUCCCUGAAAAUAGAAACUUGACUGAAUAUUAUAGUGCUGUAGAUUCGCACAAUAUGAUGAUGAUAUUUGCAUCUAUGUUAUAUGAACGCCGUAUUAUUUUCAUUUCGAAACGUCUAUCGAGGUUGAGUGCAUGUGUACAAGCAUGUAACGCUUUAAUUUAUCCAAUGAUUUGGCAACAUAUAUACAUCCCUGUUCUACCGUUAUCAUUAAUAGAUUAUUUAUUAGCGCCUAUGCCAUUUCUAAUUGGAGUACCUACUCAAACACUUCAGAAAGUACCCAAGAGUGAUUUAGGAGAAGUUGUUAUUUUAGAUGCUGAUAAUAACACAAUCGAGUCACCAUUUCAAGAUUUGGAGUCUUUACCUCAAGACGUAGUGACGAAUUUAAAAAAAGCGUUACGUAAUAGACCAGCUCUUCUUGGAGAUGGUGUAUCAAGGGCAUUCUUGCGUGCAUUAGUGCAAUUAACCGCAGGUUAUAGAGAGGCAUUAACUUUACAGCAGGGUGAGCGUAUCACGUUUAAUCAAAAUGCAUUUGUUGAAAGUAGACCAUCUUCCAUGCAACCCUUUUUACGAAAAAUGUUAGAGUUACAAAUUUUCCAACAAUUUAUAGAAGAAAGAUUAAACAUGCUUAAUUCAGGACUAGGCUUCUCAGAUGAGUUCGAAAUGGAAGCCUGCAGUUAUUCGGCCAAAUCGGGUAGUAAAUUUAUGCAGCAAUAUAGGGAAUGGACUUACACUAUGCGAAAAGAGAGUUCCGCAUUUUUCCGUAGUGUAAAAGAUAAGGCCAAUCCAGCAGUAAAAUAUGCUGUUAAAUCAGUGAAAGAUAAAGGAAAAGAUAUGAAAACGGCAUAUAAAGGAUUAAAAUGGAAAGGACGAUUGAAUAGAAGUGAAACUAAUGUGAGAUUUCAUCAGCCACGAUCAGCUCCCAGCUCACCCACAUUAGAUAGAAGACCUGUUGGAUUUACGUCUCCACCAAAAUCUCCAAAUGGUGUAUCAGCGGCAGUUAAUUAUCGAAAAGAUUUACGCUUGCGGAAUAACAAUUUCUCUGAUACAAGUAGAAAACAGUACUCACCUUUAAGCCCUAGUUCUCCUGAAGAAUCGUCAGACUUGGAGCAUAUAAAUAUAGAUCUUAUGCACGAACUUCGAGAUGUGAUAUUUCCAAAUACCCCGCCUGUAAAUAGGACGGAUCCUUCUGACGUCCCAGAUUUAAUACGGCUAGAUUCAAUAAACAGCAACGAUGAUUUCGAUCCGCUACUAUCUAAAUCUUCCGAAUUUUCGAGCACAAAACAAAUGAGUCAAUCAUUACAUUUACCUGAAAUGGGCGAAGGUCUUAGUAACCCUCUGUAUCCUUAUUUUCAAAAACAGUCGCACAAAACCAAUGACAAACCGAAGGCCUCCGAUAAUGUGGGUGAUACGGAUUUAUUACAGGCGUAUGGUAUAGAUUUUAAUAAAUUUAGUUUAUCUAAUGGUGAUAAUUUAUCCACAAUAAACACUGCUGCUUGUAAUCAAAGUGACAACAGUAUUAAUGAUACAAUGGACACAUUUAGUUUAACAUUGGAUGUACCUACCAUUAAAUCACAAAAUAAUUGGACGAAGUUUGAAUAA